AUGUUCCCUCUCCUCCGCAGACCCAUUCUCCCCUUCCCCUCACGCAGAACUCUCCACCACUCUCGCAACCUCCCCCCACCCUCCCCCGCCCUCCUCGACCAAAUCUCCCGCCUCCUCCUCCUCCGCCGCGCCGACGCCCUCCGCCGCCUCCCCUUCCGCCACUCCGACUCCCUCACCGACGCCCUCCUCCGCCGCCUCCGCCUCCACCCCUCCGCCGCCCUCGCCUUCUUCACCCUGGCCUCCCGCCACCCCCACUACCGCCCCCACGCCGCCUCCUUCUGCCUCCUCCUCCACAUCCUCGCCCGCGCCAAACUCUUCCCCCAGGCCCGCUCCGUCCUCCACCAGCUCCUCUCCCUCCACUGCACCAACGCCUUCCGCACCUUCUCCGUCUGCAACGACGUCGUCUCGUCCUUCAAGCUCCUCGGCUUCUCCCCCACCGUCUUCGACAUGCUCCUCCAGGCCUUCGCCCACCGCGCCAUGACUCGCCACGCGCUCCACGUGUUCGACCAAAUGGCCAAGCUCGGCAGGCCGCCCACCUCCCGCUCCUGCAACUGCCUGCUCGCUCAGCUUGUCCGCGGCGGCGAGGCCGCCGCGGCCCUGGCCGUUUUCGAGCAGGCUUUGAAGAUGGGGAUUGUGCCUGAUGUUUACAUGAUUAGUAUUGUUGUGAACGCGCAUUGUCGGGAGGGGAGUGUGGAUUGUGCUGAGAGGUUUGUGGAGAGGAUGGAGGGGAUGGGGUUUGAGGUUAAUGUCGUGGUGUAUAAUGCGUUGGUUGGAGGGUAUGUUUGUAAGGGUGAUGUUGGAGGGGCUGAGAGGGUGUUGGGUUUGAUGGAGAUGAAAGGGGUUGAGAGGAGUGUUGUUAGUUGGACUUUGUUGAUGAAAGGUUGCUGCAGGGAGGGCAGGGUGGAUGAGGCUGAGAGGUUGCUUCGGCGAAUGGAGGGGGAUGAGGGGAUGGUUGUGGAUGAUCGUGUGUAUGGUGUGUUGGUGGAUGGGUAUUGUCAGGUGGGGAGGAUGGAUGACGCGGUUAGGAUUCGAGAUGAGAUGGGGAGGGCGGGGUUGAGGGUGAAUGUGUUUGUUUGUAAUGCUUUGGUUAAUGGGUUUUGUAAGCAGGGUCUGGUUGGUGAGGCUGAGAAGGUGUUUAGGAGGAUGGUGGAGUGGAAUGUGAGGCCGGAUUGUUAUAGCUAUAAUACGCUUUUGGAUGGGUACUGCAGGGAAGGGAGAAUGAGUGAAGCUUUUGAGCUUUGUGAGGAGAUGUUGAGGGAGGGAAUUGAACCGUCGGUUGUGACAUAUAAUAUGGUUCUCAAAGGGUUGGUUGAUGUGGGGUCUUAUGAGGAUGCUUUGAGCCUUUGGCGGUCGAUGGUGGAACGAGGCGUGGCUCCGAAUGAGGUCAGCUAUUGUACUCUGCUUGAUUGCUUUUACAAAAUGGGAGAUUUUGAUAGGGCUAAGGUGCUUUGGAAAGAGAUUUUAGGCCGGGGUUUUAGUAAGAGCACAGUUGCAUUCAAUACAAUGAUUGGUGGGUUGUGUAAGAUGGGGAAAGUGGGGGAAGCUAAGGCUGUUUUUGAUAGGAUGAUGGAACUUGGAUGCAAGCCGGAUGGAGUAACAUAUAGGACUUUGAGCGAUGGAUAUUGUAAAGAUGGAAGUGUUCUUGAAGCUUUUAGAAUUAAAGAUAUGAUGGAAAGACAGACAAUUUCUCCUUCUAUUGAAAUGUACAAUUCCCUUAUCAAUGGACUUUUUAAGUCUAGGAAGUCAACUGGUGUCGCCGAUCUUCUUGUUGAGAUGCAGACAAGAGGACUAUCACCAAAUGCUGUUACUUAUGGUACACUUAUUUCUGGUUGGUGCAAUGAAGAGAAGCUGGACAAAGCUUUUAAUUUAUAUUUUGAGAUGAUUCAAAGAGGGUUCUCUCCAAAUUCGGUGAUCUGUAGCAAAAUAGUCAGCAGCCUUUAUAAGAACGAUCGAAUCAAUGAAGCAACUGUGAUCCUAGACAAGAUGGUGGAUUUUGAUCUUCUUACAGUUCAUAAAUGUUCUGAUAAGUCUGUUAAAAAUUAUUUCACUAGUCUAGAAGCUCAGAGAAUUGCCGAUUCUCUUGAUAAAAGUGCUAUAUGUAAUUCUCUUCCCAACAACAUUGUGUACAACAUAGCUAUCUAUGGUCUUUGUAAGUCUGGGAAAAUUGAUGAAGCAAGAAGCGUUCUGUCAAUUUUGUUGUCUAGAGGUUUUCUUCCAGAUAAUUUCACAUAUGGUGCCUUAAUUCAUGCCUGUUCAGCUGCUGGUGAUGUGGAGGGUGCCUUCAACUUAAGGGAUGAGAUGCUGGAGAAAGGUCUUAUUCCAAAUAUUACUACAUAUAAUGCAUUGAUAAAUGGGUUGUGCAAAGCAGGAAAUAUGGAUCGAGCACAGAGACUUUUCCGUAAACUUCCUCAAAAGGGCUUGGUUCCCAAUGUUGUUACCUAUAAUAUACUAAUCAGUGGUUACUGUAGAAUUGGUGAUCUUAAUGAAGUCUCUAAAUUGAGAGAGAAGAUGAUAGAAGAAGGGAUUUCUUGAACCCAUUUUCUGCUUUGAUCAGUGGUCUUUCUGGAAGACUCUAAAGUUUUGCGAUCAAAUUAUUCUGGCAUACUAGUUAAAUUCUUGCCGGAUGCUAAAUGCAAAGUCGAGCUGCUGGCUCGUAAAUACUCAUCUGCAGCCAAGUUCUGAUGCAUCAAUUUCCAACCAAAUUUGGUAUAGAAACAAAUCAUUUCUUUCAAAUGAUUUUUAGGUUGGUAAUGGACUAAUGGUCAUAUUCUCUUGCCUAUUCAUUCGUAAGCAUCAUAUUUGAAAGUCUAGAGUCUCAUUCUCUUUGUUUUGGAAGCCUGACACUGGGAAGCGAAGCAAGUUAGAAGGUAAGAUGUUGAAGAAGCUAGAUGGCAUGUCAUUUUGUGCCUUGUAAUGUUGUUGGAAGCUGAGUUCUUAUCAACUCUGCAUCAGCAUGUCAUCUAUUUGAAAGGGGAAAAGACUUCAUUCAUAGGGGAAGCACCAUUUUCAUUUAGACAUUCCCCACCAUGUUGGGAGAUAUAAUGGCUAGACCAAUAACCAGUGCAAGUGUGGUCUAUAUAGUACCCUUCGGGACUUCACAAUAUCGGGAUUAUAGGAAGAUUUCUAAAUUGAAGGUUCUAACUUAAAUUACUUUGUAGAGUAAUUCUACAUACUUCAAAAAGUAAUAGCUAGAUCAUGGGUGGUUGUUCAAUAAGAUUAAAUUAUAGGGAUAACUCAUUCAUUCAUCAAACACAAGCAGUCAAUAAGCUUGCCAACUCAUUUUGUUGAAACUUAUGACAAAAGGAUUCUGGACAUGAAUUCCAUGUCAUUUCACCAAUAGGGGGUGGGGGGCUCUCUUGGUUGACCUUCUGUUCUGAUCGUGACAACUAUAUAUUUGGCAGGUAAUUUGUAAUCCUGUUGUAAAUACUCUCUAAGAUUGCUGGUUUUGUCCUGGCAUUAGAGUGGAAAGAGCCUCCUUUCCCUAAUGUUUUUCUUAUACCCAAAAAAUAUUCCUCGCCAUUCUUUUGAAACACGUAGUUUGGCCUGCAAUUAUUAGAAUGAGGCUAAACCACGUAGAAACAGCUUUGGCUGUGAAAUGAUUCUUUUUUAUUUUAUUUUAUUCAUUUAUUACUGUUUUGGACAGGUUGAAUAAAUUUCCAUUUUUAUGGAUCCUUUGCACCAAAAUAAUAUCAGUAAUUAUAUCAUUAUUACUAUUUAGUUUCUUCUUUGAUCUAAUACUGUGGCACACUUGUAUGGCAUCUGAGUAUGGAAUUGAAACUAAUAGGAGCAUGAAAGCAUCCUAAAUUCCUUGGACCGUCUGAUGUGUCCAAACUAUAGACAUGUACACUUAACUAUUCAUUGAAACUGUUGAGGCAUUAUUUGAAUUGAUCAGGAUUCAAAUGCUAUUGUG